AUGCCGCUCCGGCAGGGAAAGGCAAAAAAAGAGUAUUUGGAGACUCUGGCCGCCGCCGCCGCGGAGGCGGUGCGGCAGCAGCGCUACCACGACAUCGAGGAGCGCCGACUGAAGGAGUGGGAGAACUACCAGCGCAGCAACCGCUCCGCGGAGGUGCGGAACGGGAGCUGCGCCUUUCUCGACCUCGCCAUCGGCGACGUCCUGAUCGGGCGGCUGGUGGUGGAGCUCUUCGACCAGGUCGUCCCGGCCACGGUGGGGCACUUCUGCGCCCUCGUCACCGGGAGCGCCGGGACCGGGACGGCGCGGGACUACCUCCACUGCCCCCUCAGUCUCAUCGACCACCCCCGCCGGCUGCUGGUCUUCGGGGAGCGCAACGUGGCGGAGGUGGCGCCCAUCCCGGACGAGAACUUCGCCCUGCGACACGCGGAGCGGGGGCUGCUGACGAUGAUCGCCUACGGGCCCCACACCGCGAACUACACCUUCGGCAUCACCCUCGCGCCCUCCCCCGGGCUGGACUUCCGCCAGGUGGUCUUCGGGAAGAUCGUCAGCGGCCUCUCCGUCCUGGCGAAGCUGGAGAGUUUGCCCAUUGACGCGGUGGGGCGGCCGCUGAGCCCGGCGGGGAUCUCGUUCUGUGGGGCCCUCACCGGAAGUCGACCAUCGUGUCGGGGGAACCAGUCCCCGGUCAUCGAACAGCAUUCGUUAGAAGAGAUAACAGAUCCACAAUGA